AAUAUUUAGAUAUGCAUUUAGAGGCUGAAUAUCUGUAUUGUGGCAACCAAGAUGAUAUAUUGAAAUUUGGAUGGGUAAGGUUGCUGUAAAUUCAAGUGGAGAUCAUUGUCAAAUUCAAGAAUGUAGAGAUGUGGUUCAACAUGCUUCAAAAGAUUAUGGGAAAUUUUUCUGGCCAGGAGAUUCACAGAGCAUAAAAACUUCAAGUUCAUCUUACAAGAUUUGACCUAUUAGUGACCUUUUUACCUCAGACGAACUUUCUUGUGUCCAAUGCAAUAGCAAAAUGCCUUUCAUCCCACAGUACUGGUAGGUCUAUUUUCAUUGCUUAUCUAAUAUGAUAGUAAAUAAGUUUUGCAAAUGUGAUUACAGGAGCUUAUAUGCAAUCAAAUUGACUAUGACUCUCAAUGUAGUCAAUGUGACCCAACUUCAAAAUACCUAAUAUGCUUCCAAACAUUAUUGUAAGUAUAGCUUUUCACACUUAUCUUCCCAGGCAGGUGUGACAACAUGUUUCCCUUGCAGGCAAUUACAACUUAUCUGCUUGUGAAGAGCAAUUGAAUGGUUAUGAGAUGCCUUACAGAGGAGGACAUGAUUGGAAUGACUGGAAUUUACAUGCAUUGAUUGAAACCAAAGUUCUGUACAGUUGACAACACAGGAAGGAAUAUCCCAUAUUUAUGGUGGGCAUUGCUCAUUACUCUCAAAGUCUGAGCAAGAAGCUGUUGAUGCAACUGUGAGUGACAUGCCUUCUGCAACAAGUAUUGUCAGCAGUCAGCGUAUGAAAUUGAAUGAAAAUUGUGGAAUACGAGAGGUAUGGGCUAACAACUUGGAAGAUGAAUUUAAACACAUCAGGAAGCUGGUGAACAGAUACAAUUACAUUGCAAUGGUUAGUGGAGCUUCUUUUCAGCUUGUGGAGCUCAUUGCCCUGUUUGGAGCAAAGAUCAUUAAGCUGAUGGAGCAUGAUACUGAAUUUCCUGGCGUGGUUGCAAGGCCUAUUGGAGAGUUCCGCAGCACUUCUGAUUACCAAUAUCAGCUUCUCAAGUGCAAUGUAGAUUUGCUGAAGAUAAUUCAGUUAGGACUGACCUUCCUUGAUGAUAAUGGGAAGACUCCUUCUGGUUAUUCUACAUGGCAGUUCAAUUUCAAGUUCAACCUAACGGAAGAUAUGUAUGCAGAGGACAGUAUAAAUCUCCUUCAACAUUCUGGGAUACAGUUCAAGAAGCAUGAAGAGGAGGGAAUUGAACCCGUGGACUUUGCGGCUCUUCUUCUAUCAUCUGGUGUUGUGCUAGCAGAAAAUGUAUCAUGGUUAUCCUUCCACAGUGGUUAUGAUUUUGGCUACCUCAUCAAGCUGCUGACAGAUCAGAACCUUCCCUCAGAAGAAAGUGAAUUCUUUGAGCUGCUUAGAAUAUACUUCCCAACCAUUUACGAUGUGAAGUAUCUUAUGAAGUCAUGCCGGAACCUGAAGGGAGGCUUGCAGGAAGUAGCUGAGCAGCUGGAGUUGGAGAGAAUUGGUCCCCAGCAUCAAGCAGGCUCUGACAGUCUUCUUACUGGUGCUGCAUUUUUCAAGAUGAGAGAGCUCUUCUUUGAAGAUAACAUUGAUGACUUCAAGUACUGUGGUCAUCUAUAUGGACUUGGUACAAGUUUUGUGUCCAACGGGAAUGGCUAUGUUGAGUCGGUGGAACCUGAUUUACCCAAGCCACCAUCCAGUUGAUCCCCUAUGUGAUCUCUGUUUCCUCUUCAACCCAGAUUUUUUCUUUGUAGCUCUGUGCUUUGUAAGGCAGAGAUGGUGACAACCAGCUUCAAUUGAAAUAUCUCAUGCCUCUCACAAUGUUUGCUCUCCACCAAGAUAUGUGAUAGAUUUAAAUCUCAAGAUUGUGAUUUUUCAUCUUGCUGAUCUUGGCAAACCUCAGGUUUUCAAGGUCCUAUGGUUAGGUGCUCCAUAAAUCUUGGUUCCUUAUUUCUACUCAUGAUCCCAUGCUCUUAGAUUGGUGUAGUUUAUUGCACUAAUUGCAGUACUUAUGGGCUGUCAGUUUUUGUCAGCUUCUGCAGUACCAUAUUUUGCUGGGGUCAAGACUUCAUUUCAUGAAUCUGAUCCAAUCUUUGUGCAUGCAUAUGCAAUGCUAAAGCAAAGUAUGUUUUCUGUAGGUAUUAAUUGAACAUCGAUCAGUCAUAUGGGCAUCAAUCUAUUCAUUGUCAUAACAUCUGGGAAUCCUGCAUAAUGUUUUGAAAAGCUUUUCUUGUGCUGUGA